UGCUAAUUCGGUUAUGCUUCUUAAGUUGUGGCAAGUUUAUUUAGUUUUGAAAUGAAAGGAAUUACGUAUUCUAUUAUGUCUGGCCUUUUAGCUGCAACAGCUUCGUUGUGUGGGAAGUUGUCAAUGGCAGUGGAUGAAACAAAAUACUUGUGUGAGGUGCUAGUUCAGUUUUAUUUAGAAAAAUCUAAUUUCUUCGUGUUAGACUUGGAACGAGAUUUAAAGUCCUUACCAACUUCAGGCUAUUUUCCAAUUUGUCCGAAUUUUCUGAUUGCAGUUCGAUUUGGAUUUUUCCUUCUUAUGGUUCUGUCGAACGCUGUGAUGUGGAUACUCUUUACUAAGGCCUUAUGUUCGUCUUCAACGACAAUUGAAGCAACUUUAACGAACACGGCAGCAAAUUUCUUGUUCACCGCCGUCUUUGGACAAGUGUUUUUUGGGGAAACCCUCACUUUCCUGUGGUGGACUGGCAUUAUGAUGAUCGUGAUAGGACUGAUGGUGAUACAUCGAGCCAACCAGCUAAAUACGGCCGUCAGCAGAGCUAGUGCCAAAAAACUUAAAUAAGUCUGAACAACGAACUUUGACUUUGUAAAGUAGUGACGAGUGAUUGUUCACAGAAGAGCAGUUUAGUAAGAUGUUUUGAAUUAUAACUGACAUUUCUCUAGUUGAUUUGAUGUCAAUCUCGGUUGAGCUGUGAUAAUAAAUGUUUAGCACAAUAGGUGUACUCAUUCCAUACUGUAAGUAUUUUACUUUUGCUACUGAUUGUACACUUUGAGUGAGUUGGUGUAGUUUCAUAACUAUCAACCUGUAAAUAAUCUGUUUUAGCCAGUUUACCCCUGUACGUAUUUCUAAUAGUGUGUGUUUCAAGCUAGUUGAAAACUUUUAUUGUUAAAGCUUUGAUGUGUAGUUUAUUGUUAUAAGGUAUACCCUUUUACGGUUAUUAUGUUCACGUUAUUUCCUCCUUCAGAUAAAUAAGUGUGGUUUAAUAAUUGGAAAAUUUCUCUGAACACUGAGUGAUGUUUAAAAAUAAUUUAUUUUUCACAGAUUUACACACUGUUUUAAGAGUUUCAAUAACUAUCCUGCUCUCCAUAAAACCUAAAGUAUCUAGUUGUGUUUGUGGCUUCUCAAGAAACACGAGUAUAUUGUACCUUUGUUUUUCUCCAGUUUUUGGAUAUUUUGAUUAUAAUUUUGUGAGGUUAAUUCGCAGUUGUUUCUUGAUGACACAUUCUGUUUCAUAUAAUUUCAUUGAUCGUUACUUUUCAUACAAAAUAAUGAUAUAAAGUAAUCUUUGUAAAGAUGGUCUUGUUUUAUUUGAUGAUUCUUAGCGUUUCUAGAAAAAUGGUAAAUUUAGUUAUGUUUUAGAAAGUGAGCAUACAGAGGUAAUAUCAUACUUCGGUAUUGGUGAUAUCAUACUUCAAUAUUGGUAAUAUCUUACUUCAGUAUUGGUA